AUGGCCAAGUCGAAGUCAGAGAAGAAUGAAAGGGAAGAUGGCAAACGAUACGUACCGUUGGUGGACGGAGGAUGGGGUUGGGUGGUUGUGGUGGGAUCGUUCUUUGUUCACGUUUUUGCAGAUGGUAUCGUGUAUUCAUUUGGCAUUCUCUUCGACGUCAUCCUAAAGGUUCUUAUUUUGCUUAUCUUGCAAACGCAUUCAAUUUUUGAUUGA